UUCCCUCAGAGGUCCCGCCCCUCCGCCAGCAGCCGGGAGGGUGUCAGGGGGCGUUUCUCCAGGAGGAAAGCUGUGAGCUGCGACGCUGCGGAAGGGGACCCCAAAACGUCUGGCACUGCCCCCUCCAGGGAUCACUUUGGACCGCCUCACUCGGCCCAGCGGGAUUCUGAAACACCGAAGGGUCAACCUGAUGGGUUUCGGGGUCAACGGAAGAGGGGAAGGGGAGCCCUGGCGGGGAGAACCCCCCGGCCCCCCGCCCAGCAGCUGAGGCACAGGAGGGCGGCCAUCUUGGCCGGGAGGGUAGGGCCGGGGAGCCGCGGGCGCCGUGCGAUUGGGGGGCUCGCCCGGAAGUGACGCCGACUACCCGGAAGCGGAGGGGGUUCCCUGGCCCACUCCCCCCCGCGUUCGUUCGCUCCCCCGCUUCCUCCCCGCCCCCCUUCCUCUCCAUUCGUUUCCCCCCCUCCCCGGUCCCUGCCUUCUCUCCCCCACCCGUCCCUCCCCCCCCAACCUCCGGAGCUGGGAAGAGAGUCAAGAUGGCGGCGAAAUCCGAUGGCGGCGGCGUGGGGGUGGGCUUCGCCCAGCUGCACAACCUGGACGAGGCGGUGGGCAGCGGCGGCGAGGAGGACGGGGAGCCCGGGGGCGGCGGCUGCGGCGGCGGCGGCGACGGCAGCGAGCCCGGCGAGAGCAGCUCGCUCCACAUCUGCCACUGCUGCAACACCUCCUCGUGCUACUGGGGCUGCCGCUCCGCCUGCCUGCGCUCCCUCCUGGGCAAGAAGCCGCGCCGCAGCGCCGCCGCCGCCGACGGGGGGGACCAGCCGCUGCAGCCGCCCGGGGCCGCCGGCCGCCGCCCCCCGACGCCCCCGGCCGCGCGGCCGCAGCCCUCGGCGCCGCAGUCGGAGCGGCCGUGGCUCGACUGCCUGUGGAUCGUGCUGGCGCUGCUAGUGUUCUUCGGGGACGUGGGCACCGACCUGUGGCUGGCCCUCGACUACUACCGCAAGGGGGACUACGGCUACUUCGGGCUGACCCUCUUCUUCGUGCUGGUGCCGUCGCUGCUGGUGCAGAGCCUGAGCUUCCGCUGGUUCGUGCAGGACUACACGGGCGGCGGGCUGGGCGCCGUGGAGGGGCUCAGCAGCCGGGGCCCCCCGAUGAUGGGGGCCGGCUACGGCCGCGGCGGCCCCGGCGCGGGGCCCUCGGCCACGCCGGGGGCGCAGCGCCUGUGCCGCCUUUCCGUGUGGAUCUGGCAGUCGGUCAUCCACCUGCUGCAGAUGGGGCAGGUGUGGAGGUAUAUCCGCACCAUGUACCUGGGGAUUCAGAGCCAGCGGCAGAAGGAACACCAGCGACGCUUCUACUGGGCUAUGAUGUACGAAUAUGCAGACGUCAACAUGCUGCGCCUCCUGGAGACCUUCCUGGAGAGCGCACCCCAACUGGUGCUACAGCUCUGCAUAAUGAUCCAGAAGAACAGCGCCGAGACGCUGCCCUGUGUCUCCUCUGUGACUUCCCUGAUGUCCCUGGCUUGGGUGCUAGCCUCCUAUCACAAGCUGCUGCGGGACUCCAGGGACGACAAGAAGAGCAUGAGCUACAGAGGGGCCCUCAUCCACCUCUUCUGGCGCCUCUUCACCAUCUCAUCCCGAGUUAUCUCUUUUGCCCUCUUUGCUUCCAUCUUCCAGCUCUACUUCGGGAUCUUCGUGGUGGUGCACUGGUGCGCCAUGGCCUUCUGGGUCAUCCAUGGCGGGACAGACUUCUGCAUGUCCAAGUGGGAGGAGAUCCUCUUCAACAUGGUGGUAGGGAUCGUGUACAUUUUCUGCUGGUUUAACGUCAAGGAAGGGCGGACUCGAUAUCGAAUGUUUGCAUAUUAUACAAUAGUCUUGACUGAGAAUGCUGCCUUGACGUUCCUUUGGUAUUUUUACAGAAACCCGGAGACCACUGACUCCUAUGCGGUGCCAGCACUGUGUUGUGUCUUUGUGAGCUUUGUGGCUGGGAUCGCGCUGAUGCUCUUAUACUAUGGCGUGCUACAUCCCAUGGGGCCUCGGGCUAAGGUCUUUGCCAGCUCCUGUUGUGCCGAGCUGCUCUGGGGCAUCCCUUUGCCUCCCGAUGUUGAGCCCAUGGCACCACAAACCCCUGGGUACCGGGGGGCCCAGGUUACGCCCACCAGAGCCGUGACGGAACAACAGGAGGAUCUCACGGCCGACACUUGCUUGCCCGUUUUCCAAGUGAGACCCAUGGGGCCCUCUACCCCGUCGGGGCGUCCUUAUCACCCAGAAGGGCCCCUCAUUAAGAUUGACAUGCCAAGAAAGAGGUACCCAGCUUGGGAUGCUCAUUUUGUGGACAGGAGGCUGAGGAGGACUAUUAACAUCCUGCAGUACGUCACCCCCACGGCAGUAGGCAUUCGCUAUCGAGAUGGGCCGCUCCUCUAUGAGUUGCUGCAGUACGAGUCUUCACUCUAAGAACAUCUUGACCCAAGUUGAGAAGGGGACCUUAAGUUUGGUUUGCGGUCAAUGCCGCUUGCAAGAAAUAUAACCCUCCCUUCCCCCCACAGUACACAAAACCACCACCACCACCACCACCACCACCACCACUACCACCACCAACACCACCACCACUACAAAAAAAUCAAUAAGUCACAUCCCCUUCAGAUAAGCUUUCUUUCCAGUCGCUGUAUGUAUACAAAGAUAUUCUCUAUGUUUUAUAAGUAAAAACAAAAAGAAAACCUUUCUUUUGUUUUUUACACAUAAGAAACAGUAUUGAAAAAUCCCACACAUGGUUCAUAGGGUGGAGAAAGAAGAGUUGUCUCCACUCCAAAAGAAAAAAAUAAGUUUUAUACCUUACACCAAGUGUAGAUCAUUUAUGGGAUUGGUGCUGAUUGAAAGAACAAAACAAAACAAAACAAAACAAACAAACACAAAUGAACAAACAAAAAAACCUUCAACUGCCUUAUGCCCUUAGGUGCUGAGUUUCAUUAAGUACUGUCACGUUUUCUCAUGCAAAACUCUCUGGUGAUUUUUGUACCAGGAGAGGGAAAAAUUAAAUAAUCAAAUCUGCAAAUGAAAACAAAUAACAACCCACGAAUACAAUACAAAGCAAUCAUUCUUCCUAUCUAUCUGAUUAUUUGUAUCAAAGAAAACAAAUUUUCCAAAAGCAAAAGCAUAAACCCCCCCCCUGCAUUCAGCUUCUCGCCCACCCUCCCCGUCCCUGUCCCCACUUCUCAGAGCCUUCGAGAAGCCUCAGGGCCAUUUGGAUCUCCGAUGGCCACAAAGGCUGCUCGAGGGCUGUCCACAGGUCAUCUUCAAGCUCACCCUGCAGGAAUCACAUCUGUUUCUUGAUGAUAAAGCAAAGCAGAGCAAAGCAAAAAGCCACCCUUAGAAUUCAGGAAGGUCCAGAAAUUUCUACAGCCAAUCAAAGGAGAUUUCCAUAUCUGCCAUCAAAGAGAAUCAGUAAUAAUAAAACUCAGCAUAGUAGCAAAAAGAACAACAUCAAUUUAAAGGCACAAUACUUAAUCGGUGACCGGCAACAAUGAUCUCUUCCAUCAUUUUAAGGCUGACAGUGGUACACAUGUAUCACAUAUGCUAGUGUGUAAGGCCUCUUAUUUCCAUUUGGUGGGAAGCCUUAAACUGAUCUGGAAAGAAUUAUUCAUUUUUCAUUUGUGCUUUUUUUUUUAAGAAAAAAAGAAAACAUAACACAAAGAGGAAAAACUAGAAUAUAUAUAUAUAUCUAUAUAUACAAAAAGUUGAAUUGUAAUAACUGACCCAUUUCAAAGACUGUUUGGUGCUUCUGUCAUUGUGGUUGGCUGAAAGUCAUUCAGCUCACCUGGUGCAUCUGGGUUGAGUGGGAAAUUUGUGUGUGUAGUGCGUAUGCGUGUGUGUGUGUGUGUGUGUGUGUGUGCGUGCAUGUGUGUGCCCAUAGCACACAUAGACAUGUGUGUAUGUGUCCCUGCUGCAAGGUCUUGCCAGAAAUACACAAAAUUGCUCAGAGACAGGUGCUAUCGUGGCUCGGCGGAGGGCUAGUGCCGUAGACCGGGUGGGGUGAGGGUUUCAGGGUGCCUGUAUGAGGCCCCUCCCCAGAGAACGGGUGUCCACCAGCAGCAGACACAAGUCUGCGAGGCCACGUGGCUUAGGUGAGGAUUUGAUUGUGCUGUGGGUUUUCUCAUUGUACCAAGUUGAAUAUCUGGAGGUGUUGCAUGUGUGUUCAACCAUUUGUAAACCUUUUAUUUCUUGGAGUAUUUUUCCUUGCAGGACUACUUGUGUUCUGGGGCAUCAUCACAGUACCAUUGUAUCUCUACUUGGGCACAAAAAAAAAAAAAAAAAAAAAGAAAAAAAAAAGGAAAAGAAAGAAAAAAAUAAAAAAGGAAAAAUAUCUCCACAAAAGAAGAUAUAUAUAUAUAUAUAUAUAUAUAAAUAUAAGUAUAUAUAUACACACAAUAUUUUUAAGUAAAUACUGUUAGUCUUUGUUGUGUGUAGUUGCAAUUUUUUAAAAGAAAAUUCCAGAUAUAACUGUUUAGGGUGCAAGACCUCACAUUGAACUAUUCUGGAAAAGAUGUUCAACUGAGGAAUUUCUUUUUUUAUGUUUGUGGAGCUGUUUUUUCAAAAGUUAUUAUUCAAAAAAGCUUCUCCUUCUUACUCCCUCCAUUGUUUAUCUAAAUCUUUUUUUUUAAACAGUUGUAAAACCAAAUGUCCCCUUGCUUCGUCUGGCCUCCUUGCUCACCUAAAUUGUCAUGCAGCUUUGCAGUGCAUCCUCCCCCAUUUCUGACAGCGUCCCCUGGGGUCCUCCAGGUCCCCUCUGUAGGAAGCAGGAUGGAACAGAGCACACCUGGGCCAUGGUGAAGGCCAGCUGGACUGUCCAGGUGCAGCCAGGUGACAGGCCUGCCAGCCAGGCCCGGCUUCCUGCCAGCUGCAGCGCUUUCCUGCUGGUGGCCCUACCUACUCACAGGGCUGCCCACCGAGCUCCCUACCUCUGAGCUCCUCUGUGUACUCUGCUGAGGCUGGGGAAGGUAAGGUCCUGGGGAGGGGGAACUGCCUCAAGCUGGCUGAGAUCUUAGCUCUUGUCUGCCCAGGUCUGGGGCUCCCUUGAAGCUCCUUGGAAGCUGUCCCAAAUGCAUCCCCUUGGGACUUCUGCUUUCUUGUUUAUGCUUGGGGGUAUUUCCUUCUCAUUUGCACCCCGUCGUAGGUUUAAUUUGCCACCUCUCUCACUACUCCAUGUAGUGCAUGUGCGUGUGUACGUGCAUGUGUGCACGUGCAUGUUCAUGUUUACAGGAAACCUAGAAAGAGAACUGUAGGCAUUGUCCUCAAGCACUAAAAGUUGGGUGGCUUCCAGCUGAGGGAAGCAGUAGCCAUGGGGACAAACAAGGAAGGCGCCAGAUGGUUAGGAGUCCUUGAGUUUAGCUGUUGUUGAAGAUGGGCGGGCCCUGGGGUCCCCCAGCCAAGCCACAUUUCCUACUCCAGCCCUGCUUCUGCACCCCUCCCCCCUGGGUGCUUGCACCUCUCCUCAUGUUGCACUGAGACCAUGCAUCUCUUCCCAGCUGCUAGGAAAGUGGUUUUGCUGAGAGACAGGAAAAGGCAAGAAGGUGAGCAAUGGAUAAUAGGAAGGGAGGCAGAGAGGGAGAUUAGCACUGUGACCAGACAGAUGUCCCUCUGUUGUCACUUGAUCCUCAUCUUUGAGCUUCUCCAGUCACCAGAAAACUCUUUCUCUGCUCAUCCCAGGCAUCCGCUUCCCUGGGGUCUUCUCUCUUCAGCUGUGUCCCUCCCCUUCAGGAGGCUGCUAACAGCUAGCUGGCCCUGGGUGUCAUGCAGGAAUCCACUGGGGAUGUCUGUCCACCCUACCCAGGUAGUCUUGGGCCACUGCACCUAUGAGAGAUGGGCAUCUGCCAUUUGCUUAGGCUCCUGAUAACCCCCCAUGUACAGACCAGUGAGGUGCCAGCCCAUUCCAUCCCAGGUGCUUCCUGAUGAGUGGUCUAUAGGAUUUUUAAAGACAUCUCUGAAUCCCUUUCUUUCCCAGGAAAACCUGGUGGCAAAAAUCAACUCCAGGCACUUGGCUCUGGAGCUAUAGAAUACAAUAAACUUGUCCCUCUGUUUCCUUGUUGUCCUCAUCGAAUCUGCCCACAACACCAUCAAAGUCCCCAGAAGCACGUGGCUCUUCUUUUUGCUUAAAGAAGUAGGGUCUCUUCACAUUUAGGGACCGAUCUUGUUAGCAUGGUUUCUGAAAGCCCUGUCUCUGUGCUCAAGUGGGUCUUGCUGCCUCUGUGGGUUUCUGCAUGAAAAGAAGCCUCAGCCCACUCACGUUCCUUUGGGGUGAUAUCUCCGAGCUCAGGUCACAGCCUGAAACAAGAAGCUUCCUGUCUCUUAAGGCUGCUGUGAGGACAGCUAAGAAGCUCUACAUACCCUGGGUCAAUGACACCGAUCUUACCUGCCCCAAAGCUUUUUAUAGCCAGAAUAUUUGUCCAGUCUCUCUGGAAGAUGUCAUUUUGCACUCUAGAGUCAUACGUGUCUGUGUAAGUUGGGAAUCAGGGAUGCCACGGGGAACACACACCCCAAGAAGAUCAGGGGCCAAAAUGGAGCUCUCUCUUGGCUGUGUGUGUCAUCACCAUGACAUGGCCUCAAUCAAGUGAGACAGCAUUUCCCUAUGGCCCCAGGGGGCCUCCACCACUCCCCAGGUUACAGAACCACACAGUGCUCUGUGGUCCCGCACAGCUGUGGUCACUCGAGUUCCACAGUGGGUAUCUAAGAGAGCAGAACCUGUCUAACCACGAGGGUGAUCCCACUGGCUGUACACCACCUCAGACCACAGGCCCACGCCCCUGUGCCACUACAAGCCUGUCUAAAUGACACCAUUUUCUCCACUCUUCCUCCAAUUUUACUUUCUCCCACCAUCCCAUCAUAAGGACAGAAAAAAAAGGUGUCUGAUACGAGCCUCAUUUGGAGAAGCUCUCAUAUGGCCAUGUUCCCAUUACUUUGUAUUCAUCUGAACACCCUUGGGUGUCUGUCUCCUGCGAGAGAUCACAUGCUUUCCUGUUCCCUGUCGCUGCCGCUCCACUUGUGUGUCUGUACCUGAGCACAAUGUUCUCUACCCCUUACUUAGGAACAGGGCCAGGAGACAUCAGGCUCAGAGCCUAAGAGAGAGCUAGACUGGAGCACACUCCAAGGCGUCCACAUCUGCCCAUUUCUAUCUUUUGGGGGCUUAGUGGGGGGCAGUUCUCUAGCAUUUGUCUGGUCUCCCAGAGAAUGGUCUUGUCCAUUACAUAAAGAAACACUGAAAUAACAAGAUCAGAUUUUGUUGAGAGGAAUGGGACUUAAAUUCAAAGAGUGUAAAGGGAAGAAAGAUCAUUGCGUUUUCACCUAGAUUCAAGUGACAUUCCCAGUAUAGACACAAAAAGUUCCGGAGUAGAACGGAAGCACUAGGGAAGCCCUGCGAAAGGCCUUGUGCCAGUGAAGGGGGAGACCCAGGCCUGCCUUACUCCAGGGAUUUCAUUGCUUUAUCCUCCAUCAUGUCCUCAAGGAUGAUGGCCCUCCUCAGCAUGCCACAGGCAUCCUCUGGAAAACGAGCUCCUCUCAUGAGGGUCUGGGUCCAAGUCUGUAUUCCUUGGUCCUCGUCCCGGACUGGCCAGUGUCCUAGAAGCAACAUUCCGUUCUGACCCACAGCCCAGUCUUGGGAAUGUGGGUAUGGCACAUUUGUAGGUUACAACCCCGUAAGCUAGAAAAGGGGCUGUUCCUGUGCAUCCUAAAUCAAUGCGUGCCUGUCCAAACGUCAAAACGUAAGAAGGCCACCCUGCUCUCUCAGAGGUAUGUUCCUAAACCCCUCUCUGGGGAAAAGGAUGAUGUUUACUUUGAACUCUUGCAGUGGCAACACACACCUCCCCCUAUCUCAUUUUCAGCUGCUCUAAAGGUUUCAUUUCUGGCUCAAAUGCGUCUUGUGCUAUUGGCCAAAUAUUAACUACACUGCCUUGAUCCAGCUGGAGCAUUCUUCCCCUGCCCGCCUGGUUCUGUCUGCCUUAUUCUUCUUCCCCAGGCACCAUCUGCUUCUUCUUGCUCCCUGUGCCUUUCCUUGCAGUGGUUGGCAGUACAUUGCUGAUCCAUUCUGGAGCCAAAGGUCAUGAGUGCUAUUAAUGACAGCUCCUGGGGGCAGCAGACGGAGCGCAGCAGGAGUUCCCCUUUCUCCAGGCCAACACCUAAGAAUAGUCCACAGUGGACAUGAGCAGGCAGGACUUAGGGAUAUUUAUCCUGGGCUGCCCCAUCGCAUACAGGACAACCUGUGGGUCAUAUAGGAGACCCUGACCUUGCCCUCCCAUCCCUAAUAUGAAUCCCAACAUCCUGUUCCAAAUUGAAGUCAGCUCUAUGCUGCUGCCUCCAGGGGGCGCUGCUCUUAAUUAGUAUUAGUCAUCUUCAAGGACAAAGAUAAUUAUUUCCCUUUGGUAUAGUGCCAACUGGUAAUUUAGUGAACUGUACAUAGUAAACCUUGGCCAUUUGUUGUGGUGGAUACAGACAAGCACUCACCAGUUCAAUGAACUCCUCUGCUCAUCUGCAGUCCAGCUCCCAGGUCCUGAGAUAAAGGGGACUUGGAGAUUUGCUCCAGAUUCACAUCUCCUAGGCACUCUUCUUAGGCCCAGAAAGAUCAGGAAAUGCUACAGGCUGAUUCGGGGGCCCCACUGUGACCAUGGAAAACUCACUUCACCUCUCGGUGCCUUGGUUUCUCCAUCUGUAAAGUGGAGGGAGAGCAGCCCAACCUCUGCUCUCCCUCCUGCUCAGGGAUGCUGCGAGGAUUUGAUGUUGCUUUUAGUGAAGGUAUGAUGGGAGGGACAGCAGUGACCUCAUUUCUUGGGAAGUGGAACUAUGGAAGGAGAGGGCUUUCUAGGGACACUGGAACCCAGAAGCCCCCAGAAUGAGCAGGAAGGGAGAAGGGACAGGAAGAAGAUUCACAUCCCUGGAGUCCUUAGACAUUCACAGCACUGUGAACCCAGUAAAGUGAUACCCUGGUCAGGUGACCCUGGUCACCUGGCUCAAACUGACGGCUUAUAAUUCUUAAACUGAAUCUCCUGAUGUUAAUUCGUCCUGAAGGACCAGUGAGUACAUGGGAAUGUCAGUCUGGAAACUGACAUCCAUUGAGCUUGGGCAGACAAGAGAAAGAAUGUAAAGGGAUGCCUGGAGGUGGUUUGAAAGGUGGCAUAGAGCUCUUCAGGAAGCAUCUCUCACCUUGUCCUGGACCCUGAGGCUCACCUCACCCAAUGUGCUCACCUUCUCUUAAUCCCCCACAGAGUACAAAAAACAAAAUCUGCUUUCAGCUGUCCCACUCACCAGAUAUGUGGAGCUCCAUGGUGGUCUUCACCCUCCCUGGUGUGCUCUGGCUGGCGCCGAAAGGCAAGAGAUUCAGAAAUAAACAAGGCUGGGGAAUAUCACAAAUUUUUCUUUUUCUAAAUGGGGGUAUUUGUUUUCCAAAUCAUUUGAAUCAGAAAGGCUAAGUUGAAUUUCUUUUUCUUUCCUUUUUUUCCCCUUUUUACUAUGGUUUGACUGUUACCAUUUCAAGGACCAAGCUAAACCUUGAGCAAGAAACCAGACUUCUCAUAAGAACCUUGAUGUACUUCUUAGGACCCAACCCAGAGUGAGGGCAGGUGGGAACCAGGGAGGACACUAGUUCCCAGGGAUGACAGCUGUGACAAUGAUUUGCUAUUGACUCUGAGAACCAUCUUGGGAAGAAAAAUUCUGGAGGCUUCCACUAUUAUGGAUAAGUCAAUCUGGCCCUGACCAGGUAUAUUCUGAUCUAGAAAUUCUCAUCAAAAAAGAAAGGAAAAGAAAGAAUUGUCCUGAAGAACAGAGUACUCGCAAGGGCAGGUCUUCACUGCUGCUGCCAAACCUCUUGCCCUUGACCGAGGAGCCAGAUUCCUUCCCACCUGCUCUGACCUGGCUCCCCAAAGUGAAUACUGUGGUUUUGGUCUAAAGGACCAGUCACAACCUGGAAUUUCAUGGUGACUUCUGUCUGAUUGUUCUGAGACUAGGCCAAAUCCUGCCAGAGUUAUUUGUCUCCUGAAAGUAUUUCUGAUAGUUACCAAAAGAAAGGCAUGCACAAGACCCUGGACCCUUCUGAGUCCAUAAGCAUCCCUGUUGACUGGCAAAUGGAUCAUAAGGCACUCAGGAAGGAGAAGUUGGCCAGUGGAUGCCCUGUGGACCUCCAGGGAACCUGCCUUGGUAGAUGGUAGGAAGGGUGAAAGGAAAAGGAUGGUUUCCGGGCAUGUGCGGAAGGAAGACAUCAGCAACCAGCUAGUCAGGCCUUCCUGACUCGCUGGGGCAGAAAUAGCAAAGCAUAUUCUUUUCAAAUAGAGGAAAUUGCUUUUACAGAGUAACUUAUUUAAGCCUUUUUUGUAAAUGAAAGUAUCAGAGAAUGCGUCUAAAGAAAGGAGAGGCAUGGCUUUUGGACACAUCAUAUAUCUGGAAACAAAAAAUGCAGGACCUUAUCUUUCUGCAAAUCUACCUAGGUUGAGUCACUCUGGGGCCAAUUUCUCUUCGUGCGAAAUAAGAAUAUUGCUUACCUACCUCACAGGGGUGUUGUGAGGAUAAGUAAUUAAUGUCUGGUAAAGCACUUUAAGGAUAAGAGUAUUAUGAUUAUCAAUUUGCUUCUGUUUAAAAGCCUUCUGAAUAUUAAUUGAGCAACUACUCUGCACAAGGCACCAUGCUUUGUGCAGUAAGAAAAGGAUGUGAACUAGCACCUCUACUCUUUGGACUAAGGAUAUUUUAAAGAGCCAAGAGGACAGAAUAACAGUGUUAUCUCAGUGUGGGCCCAGAAAGGUGAGCUCUGUCUUUCUGCCCCAGGAAGGCAACUCCCUUUCCUUCCCUAGUAUCUGGGCAGGUGAGAAGGAAAGGCCCGAAGUCCUGUGGCUUCCAUCGGAGAAAGCCUUUCCAAGGAGCAAACAUCGCUGGUUCGCGCUACAUCCUCCAAGGGGAAAUGAAGGGGCCCAACGUGAAUGCACCCUGUGCCCAGCGCAUUUGGUUCUAUUGUUUAAACUGUCCCUCCUGCCCUCAGCUUAAUGCGACUGCAGACUUCCUCUCCUCUCUAGAUUCAGAGAACGAUUUGCUUCUGCUGUUCUGGAAGAGCAGGAACUUUUUGGUUUGUUCGUUUCCUAGGAAAGUCUGGUAUGCUGUUUGCUGGAAAGUCUUGACUUCCAAAGACAAGGGUCUUUACUAGAAAACAAGUCAAAACAUGAGACUGUCUUUUUGGGAGGAGGGGAUAGUUAUCAUUUUCUUAGCUGCCUCACAUACAACAAAGCCUUUUAAAAGUAUUUUUUGUUUGUUUUUCCAUCUGCAGAAAGUUCUUCCCUUUCUAACACACACAGUGAACCCAGUAUGGAUUCCAACACGUUCUAAACAGAGAGCAUCUUGGAUUGUGUGGAGUGCUGAGCAGGGUUCACUAGUUUCUGCAAAGAGCCAACCCUUGGUUAAGCUAAGCAGGUACAGAUUCCAGUGCUGGACUGAGGCUUCUCCAGCGUGCUCCCUGGGGCUUUUGGCUUUGGGAAUUGUCUUUUCAGUGGUGAUCAAUCGCAAGUCCUUAGAAACUCUUUCACCAUGAAAGAACAUCCUCAGAACCCAGUGGGAGCUUCCUCAGCAUGGCAGAACCAGCAUGAAGCCAUUUGUUAUCUUGAAAUUGUUAAACAAUGCCUGGCUUUGAGGACAGAAGAGAAAUACUUCUCCUUUCAGAGGGAAAAGGAAGGUUAUUUAGCUUGAAAAACAGACCCCUUUAUUGUAAAAAGGGAGGGGGGGGGGACUCAGAGGUUCCUAAUGGUCCCCUCUGUUUGGACAAAGGACUGGGGAGGCCUGCAGUGAGUUCCCCUAGGUCACAUCUUCCUUCUUUCUACCUAGAGCCUGAGGAAGGGGUGACUUCAGCUCUGGGGCUGCCAUCUUACCCUGGAUCAUUCUGAGCUUCUCGGCCAUGGCUCUGCCCCUCUCUAACUCACACUGAACAGCUCCCAGCUUUGGUGGCGAUUUGCUGAUUCCAAAAGGCCUCCUCUUCAUGUCUAACCCUUGCACACACAUGGUUUCAGGUCAGGCCUCUUUGCUCCACCAUGGUUUCUUCAGUCUUCCUUUUGCCUUGGCGCCAUUACUGCUGCAUGCUUCUUCCAGAGGGAUCACAUCAUCCCCUGAGCACAGGCCUCCAGCAUUGCCAUCGGUCUGACCUGCCAGCAGUCAAGGACAGACGUUGUUUCUUCAUUCUGUUAAAUCCAUGUGCCUUUAAGAGAUCUGCUCCUGAGUCCCUGAGAGGCAAAGGUAGAAGAAAGGGACAGACAGUAUUAGGAACACACCAGGGAUCUCACUGAUUGCCUGGGAAGCUGAUGCAUGCCACCAAAGGAAAAUGUAUAGUUUUCACACUUCUUGGACUCUCUGGGAGGUAUUAUCUCCUCAAGAAAACAACCAUACAUGUCCUCUGCCACAGCAUCAACCACUGUGCUGUGGGACCUGCUCCUGGUUGAUGGCUUUGUACUUAUUUGUUUGGAAUUACACUAAUUAUGAGAUGCCCGAGAAGGGAAGAGAAGGAUAUAGCAUGCUAAAACCCACCUAAGCUAGGAGGUGCUCUGAGACUGUGAAAUUAUCGUGGAUUGUACAGAAGUGAGGGAACUUGAGAAGGUAACCACAUUCUAAGUUUAUUGAUCACACCGAGAUAUGUACAUGUACCAAUCCUGAACACAUAUAUGUGUAUCUUUUCUCUUAAAAGCCUGACGGGAAAGAAUAUUCUGACUUCUAAAGCUCCUGGAAGACUUAGAGUAGACCUGACCAAUGGAUUGUUUCCUUUCUUGAAGGCACAGAGUCUUGAAGAAAUUCUUGGCUAGUCAGUGCCCUUUUCUCCUCCAUCUGUGAUAAAAAAAGUUAGAGUAAGAUUGCUCUGGCCUUGGAGAGACUCUUCAGUUGUGCCCAACAUUCCUAGUAGGUUUGUAGCCAGACAUAAAAGUUCCAGGAAACAGCUUCCCAGACCACUCCCUAUUUUUCAGAAUUCUGAUCACACAGGUAGACCUGAGUGGUUAGUAGGACAGUCAUCAAAAUAGGGAAAGAAAAUGAAUACAGGGCCCAGAGAUUUAAGUUCAGUAGCAUAAGUGCCUGCCUGGCAAGUACGAGGUUGUGAGUUCAAUCCCUGGUACAAAAAAAAAAAAAAAAAAGAUGGAGCUUGGAGCUUGUCUGUCAUGGCUCUGAGCCCAGUGGGUAUUGCAUAUUCUUUGGCCACCAGGGUCUUGGGCCAUGACUUGCAUGCAUAGCUGACCUGCAGAGUAAAUAUCUGCAGGUAAAGCUGGGCUAGACCUUAAGGACUCAGGGACAGAGACUCUUCUGCCUAAAUGCAAACUCUGAUAGACAUUCCGGGCAACUGCACUAGGGGUGGCAUAAUCUAGUUCCAGCAGGGCCACAAGUUCCCUUGAUAGGACAGCAUGGGCUUUUCCAGUGGCUCCAGAAGAAGCACAGGUACAUGUGGAGUGAAAAAAUACUCUAGUCCCCUCCUGCCCCGGUCACAGAAUGAGCUUGAAUGAGGCAACAGGAUGUUGGUCAUCCUCGAAGAACCAUUUUUAGGAAGGGAAGAGCAUGCAGUGCUGGGAGGAGAGGGAACCCACACAACAGAGUUCUGAGCCCCCGCUCUGGGUAGAAGAACCAGGAUGGACACCUGCAGCCCUGCAGUUCAUGUUCAAGGGCAGCUCAGAUCCAGGCAGGUGCUUGCUAGUUGUCACCUAGGAGGCCUAAAGGCAAAGACCAUGGGUUCUGUCCAGGACCCCCAGACACCUUUCUAGCCACAGUCCCCCAGAAGGGCUUUUAGACCCCUCUGAUGUGUGGCUCAUGCACAGUCUGUAUUUCUGGAAACAGUAGUGUGGCCACGUGGCCAGCUGGUGGGCUACCAUGCUGGGUCUUGCCAUCACGCCUGGCACCUUUCUGUGCUUUGCCUCAUCCCAGAUGUGCCAUGCUAGUCUCACAGACAUAUAGGCAGCCCAUAGACUCUCUGCUUUCCCUGUGACGUCCAUGCACGUUCCCCCGCCCCAGCCCCAAACCCCAGUGCUCCAGGUUUCCAUUCUCUUUCCCCCACAUGGGCUUCCUGGUGACACAGACCCACUUUCUGCUGCUGUGUCAGAGAAGCUGCUCUGUGGGACCCAAGGAGACAGGAAAAGGGACGAUGAGAGUGCGGCCGUGGGGCAGCCCAGCUUCCCAUGUGGCUCUGUCCUUUCACCCAUAAAAACAUGACCAGUUUGUUACACAAAGAUUACACAAGCAGAGGGAGAAGGGAGGCGAAGAAGAAGAGAAGAGCAGAGGAGAGAAAGGUAGGGGCAGGAUAAGGAAGGAGAGGAGAAGGAAACGGAGGGGAGGGGAGGAAGAGAGUAGGGAGAAAGAGAAAGUAGGCCCUCGCGGUGUCACACAUCCUCAGGUUUUGGACUCUCUCUGGUUUGCCGAGAGCUGAGUGUCCCAGUGUCCUCCAGCCCACGCCUGCCUCAAGCCAACAUGGCAGUGGCUCUGGCCCCAACAACCCCACCCCAGGCAUGAAGCACUGUGGCUUCUCCUGAGCCCAUGGCUCUCUGGCCCUUUGCAGCCUGUGGGCUCCAAAAACUGGAAUCCGGUCUCUCUCCUCGGGGCCAGCAUUACAGGGAUGUCCUCUCACAUCUGUUUGGUUUUUCUUGGGUGCUCUUCCAAUUCUCCUUCCAUUGCAACCCACUAAGGCUGAUGACUCACUGCGUAGACUCCUUCUGGAGGCCCUGGAACAGCGGGGUGGGUGGCUCUGCUCUGUCCCAUGAAGGUGCUAGAAGAGGUUUCCCAUCUCCUAAACUCAGGCAAUUCAGAGCCGUGAAUGCAUACAGUUUGUAAUUUUCCCUAAAGGGCUAACACAAUUUCCAGUUGCUCCUGUCUGUGGAGCCUCAGCUGCCUGAGAAACUUGUGUUCUUGGCUUUCUAGGAAGCAGGGCCUUAAACACUAUCCAAAUUCCCUACCCCACCUGAGGGAAGUGACCAGGUAAGCAAUUCCUACAGCAAAGUGCCGGAACUUGGCUGUUAGGAGCAGGAGCUGGUGGCCAGGCCCUACUUUGCUGACAUUUUUUACAGUAGUAAACCCAUGUAUGCAGCCAGCAUUCUCUUCUCCAUUUCCUGCACAUAUGUGAUUACACCCUGGGAAGGAGUGGGUGGGUACCCUGCACCUUCCAAAACUCAGACCGGGCUUGCCCCUGCUCUCCAGUUUCCUGAUCUAUAGGCUGAGAACAAAGUGUACACACUGGGCCUCCUAAAGGGGCAGGUUCAUUGCUACCUGCUGUUAGUCAAACUCCUCACCUAAAGAAACUCAAGUGAGCCCACGGUUGGUCCCAUCUCUCAGGGCCUGCUCAUCAUACCCAGGAGGGCCGGGUAGUUGCCUGGCUAUAUAUCACAACAGAGCCACAUAGGUGAUGCUUGGGUGCUACCUGGGCAAGGACAGGGGACCCUAGUGCAGUGGGGGUGACACUAGCUAUAGCUAAUUCACCCUUUGGAGGGAAAAAGAAGCCCCGGUUCUCUAAAUGCAAUUUAACUGGGCACCUGUGGUAUGCCAUACAGUCCUUGCACAUGGUUAAAACAAGAGGGGCUGGUAAUAAUCCAAAAGACAUUGUAAAGACUGGGAAGGAAACCUGAGCUUGGCUUAACUAUGUAGUAGGAAGAUUGCAAGCAGGAAAUCACUAAAUUUGAACUCUGUGGCCUUGGGGCCGUUAUUUAGCCUUUAAAGCCAUCAAAGUCCUUGUUUCAAAAGUGUGCUUUCCAGUUCCCAAAUACCCUGGAGACCGUGACUCAGGCAGCCAUGACUGCUCCAGAGCAUGGCAAAGGGUGAUGACACAGAGGCCCAAGCAAAUGGGAGGUAGCAGCAUGCAAGCUGAGCCUGUCCCCACUUCCCAUCUCCGGGGCUACAACCUGGUGCUCUUCCAUGUCACAGAUCCCCCCAUCUACCAGGUCUUACUUCAGGAGCCUGAGUGAUGACAUAUUUGGGGUCCCCUCCCUUUCUGUCAUCUCUGGUGGCCAGCAGCAGCUCAGAGCUGCACAUCUCCCUUAAGACUCCACUGGCACACAACCCCAGUUUGGAAGAGGGCAGGGCUUGAGGUCAGCAAAGUAACUGCCAUGUCCAGAAGGAGGCUCUGGAAUCCGGAAAGGAAGUCCUGGGCAGAGACCAUCCCUCUGCACCCCCGAGGUGGAUGGGACUUCAUACACACAGGGCCGUUAGCAUAGGAAGCAGGUGGAGGCAAAGAGUAUAAGAGGAGGCCUGGGAAAGGCAGACAGGUGGCUUUUCUCUGUCCCAGGAAGGUGCUAGGAGAGGCCCUUUGAGACUGAAGGGCUGCUCUGAAGCCUUCAGUUUGUCUCUGCUGUCUUUGCCCCUGAAAGUAGGCUUGGGUAAAUAAGUUAGAAUUUUGAAAGAUUUAUUUGCUUCCUUCUUAAAUGGGAUGGUCACUUUUGGUAUCUAUAACCCUCUGAAUCUGGAACCAUUAAAGACAGAAAGCCCAGUUCAAGGAAAUGCUAGAGUUCCGUUUAAAUGAUAUAUUUCAGAGAGCACUGUAUUGAAGUCCCACCAGCAGCAGCUUCCUCCGUCUUCAGGAGAUACCCUGGCUUGGGUUUGGGAGAGACGCCCAGUGUGAAGAGUCAUCUUGAUCCUGAUCAUAGGUCUCCCUGUCUUGUCACCAUGGGCUUGGGAGUAGAAGGCAAGUCCUAGGAGCCUGCAGGUCACACCAGGAUGGUCAGUGGAGCUCCCUUUCCCAGCCUAGACACAAAGCCAAGUGAGGACAAUGGCUGGUGAAGGAAGUCCUGUCUCCCCACCCCAUGCCCAGAAAUCCUCCUGCAAGAAAGAUGGGCUCCCCAUUUCCAAGUGCAGCAUAGCUCUUACCUGGAGAAACAGAGCUGCAGAUAUUUCAAGGCUGGAAAGGAUGUUGCACAUAAUUUAAAGGCCAUCUCAUCCACCUUGAGAUCCCUUCCCAACUUUCCAGUGGCACACAGAAUUCUUGGUGCUCCAGGCAGCCAAUGGCUUCCAUUUUCUUGGCCAGACUGUGGAUGGAGUAAUAUUGAUUCUAAGUUAACAUGCAUAGUUUACAGCUAUGUGGGCAGACAUGGGAUCUGUCCAUCCACUUUAAUCUGGAACUGGUGCUAUUUGUGGCAAACUCUGCCUGUGGAUGUAAUUCUUCUCUCUCUCUCUCUCUCUCUCUCUCUCUCUCUCUCUCUCUCUCUCUGCCUUCCUUCUCCCCUUCCUUUCCUUUUCCUUUUCCCUUCUUUUUUAGAAAGACAAAUUCCUUUGUAGGUUUUUCUUGGCACAAAAUUUUUGUGCUUUCUUUGGGUAGCUUGGUUUCCAGUGUCUGAGGUUCCUUGUUUCAUUUCAGAGACUUAAAUAUGUUUCCUCUUCUAUCUGCCAAAAAAGACAAUUGCAUUUAAAAGACCAGAAUCAGGCUCUUUCUCCCCUCAAUCCCCGUUGAGUUGGAGUACACAAAUGAACAUGGGCUGAGAUUUAUUUUUUUGGUUAUUUUUAUUUUAAGGAGAGUAAAGCUAAGCAAAACCAAACAGUGUAAGUGAUACAGGACUUCACAACAAGAUAAUAAAACAUCAUCAGUGGUUACCAUGAUGGCUCUUGUUGUCUUCAAAAUAGCUUGGGCUGAGAUACUUUGAGUCAAUGGCUUCAGGGUCUCUGAGGAUGGUGAGUUUUCUGUUCCCUGGCAGCAAAUGGAAAGUCAGGGUGGUCAGGUGGUGACAGAAGGUCACAGCAGGUCAGGGUGGUGACAACAAACAAUUUAACUUUUCAAAACCUUGUGGUGCCUUUUCUUGUGGUGCUUCUUUGUCAUUCACUCCACGCAAGGCAGCCACUUGCAGCAAGCAGCAAUGCCAGUACUUCCCUUGGUAUUAUGUGCCAGUGCAGUAAGAGACUUUAAUGUAUACGUAUAUAGACACAGAUAUGUCACUAUAGUUAUAUGAUUAUAUAAUUGAGGUUCUGAUGCAGCUUUUGUUGGGAGUUGAUCGUUCCUCUGCAAAAAUAUACUACUACUCAGCUUGAACGGAUGGCUCUUUUGGAAGUCUGAUGUUGGGGAAGGACAGUGACAGAUGAGAUUGGUUUUUCUCCUGGGAUGAGCUUCCUUCUUUCUUGUGAAAGUUGCUGUCUCCAACACAUGAGUGUUUGACAAGGAAGCAAAGAGCAGCUUCUUUUAAACUUCCUUUGGUGCUGAUAUUUUUUAAAAUUCUUUCUUCAUUUAGCUUCCCUGCCUGUAACCAAUAAGCUGCUUUCCCAAAAUCUCAGUUCACCAAUUAAAGUUGGCCAAGGACUGUUUGGGAGUAAGAAGCUAGAAAGCAGGUGUUCCUGACUUUGUUUCUGAACUCAAUUCCUUCUGUGAUCUCCGUAAGUUUCCCAGAUCCAGUUUCCCCAUGUAAAGAAGAUUCACAUUCUUUCCUUACAUCAUGGGAGGGGUAACUUAAAAGGAUUGAUCUAGGGCACAGAGUCAUUGCAUCAUUAUUAAUUAGGAGACAGCAACUUGAUAUGUUUUCAAGACUUUGUAUGUUGCUGAGAUUUUAACCUUGGUGUUUUGCUUUGUUCCUCUCUUCCUUCAUCUCUACUGUUUUGUGUCCUUCCUUUGCAAUACCUUGGAAUGUUGAGUAAUGGACUGAGAUUCACCUAGGGCAUUGGGUAGUGCUAAUUUCUCCUAAGGGAACAACAUCACUAAUACUGUAUAAGGUGCUAGAAUCAAACCUCAUUUUAUAUACUUUGGUUCUUAGAGAAAAAUAAAACAUGCAGAAUUCUUUCUGUGAAGCCUUACUAUAGAUUGUGAUAGCCAAUUGUUUAUCCAAAAAGUGAGAAAGAAGAAAAAUAAAGAUAAGAUGCUGAGAUUCUAUAGAAAAUAUAACUAAAAGACCUUUGCUAUUUGCUAUAUUAAUGUAAACUACCAUAUAUUAUAUAUAAUAUAUAUAUAUAUAUAUUUACAUGUGCUUGAGGUAGAAAGAAUGGAAAAUGUAAAGUAUGCUCAUCUUUGUUUUUAAUUUUCACUGGUUUCACAACUUUUCGCAUGUGUGCAAGAGAGGUUUACAGCGGGGAUUGGAUGAGAGACGCACAGUGCGUUACGUGAAAUUGUUGAUAUUUCUGUUCUGUUCCGUGUGUUAUCGGGAGUAGGCUGAAUGAGAGACAAUGGAGAUGUGCUUUUUCACGUUCAAAGCGUUGCUGUCACACUUUGGUGUUUUUCCUCCUCAUUGGAAGGAUUCUCAACAGCACUGUAAAAGUGGCCGCUGCCCGGGGUGUUAACAAAUCAUGUUUACCUCGAGAAAGCGAGAAAGCGUCUUAAAAGAAAGUUGUCCUAUUUCAUCUAUUAAAGAAGAAUGACCACCCACCCCAGCCAGAAUGUGGAGCAUUUCCCCAGAAGUUCAGUAAGAGAAUCGAAUCAUUUCUGGUGCUUUCCUUCACGCCCUCAUCUGCACUCCCACCCUUCUUUAGUUGCUGCUGAAAGCAAGAAUCUGAGAGAUGACUUCCAACAGGAAGAGGGGUGAAGAUGUUGGAAAAGUGUAUUGGGAAGCCAAACUAUGCCAGAACAAGCGGUGUGGGGUCCUUUCAAAGAAUAGCUGUGUAAUUCAGGUGUUCAGUGCUAGCAUGUGAGCAUGCGUGCGCGUGUGUGUGUGCGUAUAUUGUGUAUAUGUCUCAGUGUAUGAAGUGUCUGGUGGACAGAGAACAAAAUACAGCAAACAGAAAUGAACAGGAAAAAAAACUAUCAAAUGCUAUUUUAUCCGAGAUGCACUUGUUCACCUUGAUGAGAAGCCACUGUUUCACAACUAUGCAAUCUUCCCCUUCUUCCUCCCUCUCGCCUUUGCCUCAGAUUCCCCACAGAUUUCAAACUGUCUCCUGUAUCCCUCACAGAUUUCUUUUCCUCUGUCCAAGAACCACAAUAUCCGACCCCUAGUUCAAGGUGAGCAUGCUACCGCGAUUCUUUUCUUAAAUUUAAGAGCUAACAACAGCAACACCAACAAGAAGUUUCCUUUGCUUUCAUUUGAAAUGAUUCGAUGUAAACCUGUUUGGUUCUGUUGGGAACUAUGGCUAUGUACUUUAUGUUUUGGUUACACGUUUACAGCCUGUUUUCAUCUUCCUCUUGGUUUGAUCUAUUUUCUUUAUAGAUUCUACUUUGUAUGGUGUAUGUUUUGGGGAUGUGUUGAUUAAGGCAAGAAAAAAAUUUGGCUUAAGUAGAACAAUGAGCAUGUGACCUGGGGCUGGGUGGGGGUAAUGUGUACCUGGAGCUUUUGAGGGCCUACAUCCUGGGCCGGAUACAACCACAGCAUGGAGCCGGGUACUCGGGGCAGAAUUUGACCUGUUGGAUGUUUUUCUUUCUUUCUUUGUGGUUAUAUAUAUGGAGUAACCUAUCCCUAGAGGGUCAGCUAGAACCUUUUGCCUUAGCUUUCAGCCAACUACAUCUUUCCCAGCUGCUGUCUCAACCUACGCCCUAUUCCUAGUGCCAAAUGUCACCCUCGCUGAUACUCCUCCCCGCCGCCAGCCAUCAGUGGCAGCUUGCCUGAGGGGGUGCAUGCCUCUGAUUUCAUUUUUAAGUUUGGGUAUAAGGGAAUGUCCAGGCAUGACAUCAGUCGUGCCUAGGAGGCCAGUCCUUCCUCAGACGGUAGACCAUGUGGAGGCAGAUUGGAACACCCUUAGCCACUGAGGAGUAUGGGGGACUCCAGUGCACUCCCAAAGCAUUGCCAAGCCCGUUCAGCUGAACUGGCACUCCCUUCACUGGGUUCUAAGAAGCAGCCUCACAGGGAAGAAGUGAGGUCCCAGGUUACACAAAGCACAAAGUAAGCAGGGGAGACCCUGCGCGCGGAAGGCAGCUUCUUGGCUCUGUGGGUUGAGAUCCUGCACAAGUCUGAGUUUUGCUCAUGGUUUACAUAUCUUGCACAAGGUGGCCAUGCCAUCCAAGACCGUUUUUAAAAGAUAAAUUCAGACACUGCCUACCUGCUCCAGCACAACCUGCUCCCACUCAGUGGUGGGGGGAGCUUCAAUGGGGUUCCUUGGGGGUGAGAAAGAAAUUCGGGCUUCUGAGGGGAGCACGUGGUCUGCAGCAGCUUCGCUCUCGCCUCCAAGUCGCAGAAGUUCUCUUAGCUACUCAGGGGAUCUAAAUGAAGUGUUAGUCAUUUGCUUCUGUCCUGUUUGCUGGUUACUCCACCAAGCCCCAUCCCAGGAACUGCUCACUCAUUCUUUUUUCUGCUCUAUCCUUUGAGGUAGUUUUCUGGAAAACAUUAGGCCUAUGACAGAGUGCAGCCUGCACUACCCCUAGGAGUCUUUCCGGGAGCUUACCUGAGUGUAAGGCUCAGAAAAUCUAGACAUCUGUUCAGGACACAGGAAACUCCCUGGCUGUCCUCAACUGCAGCAGGGUACUGGGGGCCUCUCAGAGGCUGCUGAGAUCCUGUCCCAUGACUGCCCCACCUCCUCCCUAUCCAUCCAAUUUCUGCUUCAACCCUUAGAUGGCCUUGGAGAUCCAAAAUCUCUGCAUCCUUCAGGAGGCUCUGGGGCAACACCAAUGGGGUCCUCAGGAUAAAAGCGUCCAGAUCUCUCACUCCUCACCCAGAGCCAGGUCAGGCUUCUCAGCACCCACCUGGGGCUAUGGCCACCAGCCUGUCUGGAAGGUGCCAUGCCUGUUAUGGGGACUGUGGCAAUGCUGUACCACAUGGCUGGGUCUAUGGUGCCCGCCCAUCGGGAGCCCAACAGCUCAUUAACAGCACAAGCAGACCCUGGCUGAGGACACUUCUCCAGCAGAAUGAAUGCAUCUCAUAGUGGCCUUGGGGCUGGUAUUUGGUACCUGAGUUCCUUUGGAGCUGUAGGUGGGCCAUUUCUAACGCCAGGGCAGAGGACUCAGGUGUAGCCCAGAGCCUUCCCUGGCCACUUCAGAAGGAGCCUGGACAGAGAUGCUGUGCUCACUGGGACGGGAGUGGGGAUGGUCCCUUCAGAGAAGACCAGUGCUCAGGUUUCCCCCUGGCUCAGGAAUGCUGGGUCAGAGAAGUCCCAUGGGACUUGGGUGGUGCUUUAGCAAGUUGAAGUGAGGCCUCUUUGGAAGGACAGGGGAGCUCAGGGUCAACUAAUGCCAACUGAGUGCCAGAGGUGAGGGAAAUUCUGUGCUAGCUCCUUUGUACCGAUGAUCCUAGCUGAGCCUUUGCAAAGUGAGAGGUCCCACUCCAUUUUACAACAAGGAAAA